GUACAUAAUGUACAAUGUUUUAAUACAAUAUGGGUAGCUGAUUAAUGUACCUUAUGUAUCUGAUUGUGUCCCGUUUCUUCGUCGAGUUCCAAAUGUGUAGCUACGACCUAAUAACUCGAAUAACUCGAACAACUCGAACAACUCAACCCGUCUUUGAAGUCAAGUCAUAACUCCUUCACACUUCACAGCCUUGUUGGCUAAUAAUGACAAUAAAGCGUCUCUACAAACGAUGCUCUUGUUUAUUUGUUGAACUCUUGUAAUUCUUCAACACAAUGAAUUAUACCUGUCUUUUAUAGCGUUGUCUCCCAUAUUAAAUCCUAUUUUCUCCGUACUUCCUCCAAUACGAUUCGCUCCCAUACACUCCCAAUAUCCCGAGUUCUCGACAUACCGACAUUAAGUAUACUACAUAUUCCGCAAGUUUCAGGGUGCGAUUAUAUCUGCAUCCGGUAUAUAUUUCUUGGGCUGUCAUUCAGUCAUUUCCUUUGCGCAGCUAGCUGCCGUUCCGGUCCUUUUAGAAUCGAGUGCGAUUCACGACCACCACUAAUCUUAAUAUACAACAACAAUUAGACCCUAUAUCCCAAUCCCGAGGUAACGACUUACUGCCGACAUGAUCCCUUCCGUCACCUCGCAAGCCACGCAGGUGGCUUUGCUAGAAUGGGCCAAUUCGAUGCUCGCAAAGCUGCUGCCUGGCCAGAAUCGAGACAUCAAGAUCAAGAAACCCGAUGAUCUUUUCGACGGUGCUGUUUUCUCCGCUCUACUCGAAAUUCUAGACGAUGAAUAUAACCCCUCGAGAUUUCAACAAAGCCUCGCCGCCACACCGACCGAUAGCGAUAUGACCCAGGGCAGAAAGCGAUACCUCCAUAUCAUCCACUUGGGUCUCAAAGACAUCGCGCGGCGACAUGCCCCCAAGAUCGAGCCCCUUAUCGACUUGGUCGACUUUCAGGCACUGGCUUGGGAACCUACCAAAAUAGACAUGUUCGAGAUUUUGGUCCUCUUCGUAUGUGCUGCUUGCUUACGUGAGGACGACAACAGUCGAUACAUCACGUUAGUUACGCAGCUAGACGAAAGGGUGCAACAGGGAAUUUUCCGGAUUAUUAGCGAAAGCAGAACUAAGCUUGACCAGCUCGAAGAAGCCGCCGAUGAUGGUAUUGAUGCAAACUUCGAUGAUCUUGCGCAAGAAGCGGCGCUGGUGAAUCAGCACCAGAAACUACAAGAAGAUGUGCAGGAGGCAACUAGGCAAGCGAGUCUCUUAAAGGUACGAUUGGACCGUCUUCAGGAUAACUACGACGAGCUUCUAGAAAAGCAUUCGAAACUCCAAGAAGAAAAUGAGCAUCUACAUAGGCAGAUCGACUCGGAAGUUAGCAACUUUAACAAGCACCAUAUCCAGCGCCAACUAAAGGAGAACGAGUCAAUCAUCGCAAACUUAGAGAAUGAGAGGAACUUCUUAGUCGAAGAAAGGGAUCGACUUUUGAAGGAGAGAGCUCGUCUGGAGCAAGUGGCACAUAAAGCAGAGGCACUGGCCGACGAGAACCAAGAACUCCGCUCUAAAAACGAGGAUCUUUCUAAGAAGGCUAACAUGGCCGACAAUUUGAGGAAGAAGUUAGAGUCGAUGAAGUCGGUAGAGACGGAGCUCAAAACACUUCAUAACGAACGGGUUGACGCAGCUAAGCUCCUGGAGCAACUUGAAAUCUCUACGCUAAGGAUAGAGGUCUACAAGAAAGAAGCGGAAAAAUAUGCCGAGCAAUUUCAGAAGUAUGAAGAAGAAGUCGCUAGUUUCGGAGACCAGAAGAUUAUGUAUACAUCAGAGAUUAACGAGUUAAGAGGGCGCAUUGAGGGUUUGCAGGCUCGAAGCCAGACGGAUGAGGCUAUCGUUAAAGAUCUGCAGGAGAAGGUAAUGAUGCUCGACCCCACGGCCGCUCCGAGUACCCCCUCGGGGCACCCUCCAACCUCCCUUGAAGACGAGCUGAACGAAUCUGGCAAUUCCGUGUCGAUGAGGAACAUCGAAAUCCAGCGUCUCCAAGCGGAGAAUGCUGUUCUUAGGAGUAGCAUAGGUACAGAAACAGAAAAGGGUCAACUCAUCCAUGAGAUGGAAGAUCUUCGUACUGCUCGACAAGCACUACAGGACAAGUAUAACGACAUUUUCGAGAAGUAUACCGUUAGUCAACACCAGCUGGAUGCACUUAUCCAGAACAUGGGUAAAGAUGGAGACGAAGCGUAUUCCAACCUCCGGACUCAGGUCCUCGCCGAGCAGAACCGUUGCAGGCAACUCGAGCGACAACUAGAAUCUACGAACCAGAAACUUGCCGACAAAGAGCGAGCUCUCUUAGAGUUGCAAGGUGAUUUUAAUGCUGUCGAGAAGUCUAGCCAAGAGGCACUCGCAGAGCUUAAGAGAACCGAUGGCAUGCUUGCUAUUUCCCUACGCGCCGAGCUCGAAGCGGAAAGAAAUAAACACAAGUUGCUCAGAGAGGAGUUCGAAAACCAGCGGUCGCAACUCUUGACGGCAUUCAUCGAGAAAGACCAGCUGCGACGCGAGGCCGAAGUAGCUAACCGCGAGAUGCAGAGGGCCGCAGACGGGCUCUCUGUCAACACGGAUAGUGCCAAGCAAUCCGAGAAAAUGGAGAAGCUGCGGGCACGAUACAAGCAGCUACAACAGCAGUAUGAGCAGUCCGAUGUUAAGAAUCGGGAGUUAGAGCGGACGCUGAAAGCUGUCCGUGCUGGAUCGGAAGCUGGUGUUCAGAAGGCACGAACCGACCAGAUCAUCAAAAACUUACAACGCGAAAACGCGAUGAUAUCUACCGCAUGGUACGAUCUCACCAAUAGACUACAGAGUACCCACGUCGUACUGCAGCGACGACAAGAGGUUCCUCGGAGCUGGCUAAAUAAACAGAGGCAGAUGGUGAAUGCUACGCCUCGGAAGUAGGAUCUCAUUGCGUGACACAUGCCGCUUUAUGUGGACUUAUAUGGACUUAUAACGCCCAAGAUUGAUCUUUUCUUUCUUUUGAAGUUGCUGGCAGAGCCGAAGAUGCCGAUGUUGCCUUUGAACAUGCGUGGCGGGGGUCUGUUCUUUUGUCCUCUUCCGCCUACAUGUUAAGCUCUUUUCAGUCUGUAUUACAACGCAGUGACUAUCGUUAUAUUCCCCCUUUCCCCCUUUCCCCCACCACCUCUCAGAACAGCAUUUCUUUUUAUAUUGGCAGGUAUAGUCACGGCAAUGGGUGGUGUCCUUGAUGAUCGGCAUAUAUGUCUUUUCGUGCGUACCUAGAUUAUACCCACUUUAUUAUAGGUAGUUUUAGCAGUGGACGCAUUCGAGAGAGGGAAGUUUAUAAUGGACUAGGGCCACGAUGUCUUGAAUAUGGAAUUUGUUAUUAUUGAUGACGCAAGUUCGUGCAUCGGCCGCAAUAAAUAAAUAUAUGUUAAGUUACGCAUUCGAAUUGGCUACCUCGUCUGUCCGUAGUAGGAACCCGGCAAGGUGUAAAGAAAGUCAUACCGCGCUACAGACGCAAAGACGCAAAGACGCAAAGAUUAUAGUCCGAGUAUAAACCA